AUGUCUCGAUUUAAGGAGUAUAAGUCAGUAAGUGGAGGGGGAGAUGCUAAAUCAGAGUUGGAUAUAUAUCUGAAUGAAGAUACUGAAAAGGGACAAGGUAAUGAUGACUUUGAUAUUCUAGGAUGGUGGAAAGUUAAUAAUAAUCCCAAAUUCCCUAUACUUUUACAGAUGGCUCGUGAUGUAUUAGCAAUUCCCAUUUCUACAAUUGCUUUUGAGUCUACUUUUAGCACUGAAGGACGAGUGCUUGAUGCAUUUAGGAGCUCUUUGGCACUUAAGGUAGCAAAACCACUAAUAUGUACUCGAGAUUGGACUCGGUCAUUGCAACAUGCAAUUAAUGUUGAAGAUUUAGAAGAGAUUGACAGAUUUGAAAAUGGUGAGCUCCCACCAGAACUUGGUAAGCUUACUCAGUUAGGGAAGUUCUCUGCAAAUAAUAAUACAUUCUCUGGGCCAAUACCUUCCCAAAUUGGAGAUUUAAAGCAACUACCAUCUCUGCAUUUAGAGGAGAACUUAUUAACAAGAUCAAUACCAAUAGAAUUGGGUAAGUGUACCAGAUUGGUGGACUUGAAUCUUGCCAGGAAUUCUCUGAAUCUUUCACAAAACAAGCUUUCAGAAAUUGGAGUUGGAGCUUACUCAUCGUUUCCACCCAUUGUUAACAUAUUCUUGAAGAUUGGAAACUAA